ACGCAUAUACAUCGAAGUCAACGGUUAGCUGCGAGAAUAUUCACUUCCUGAUAAAUCAUUAUUUAAACUCAUUCGAGGUUAAACUCAUUCACUCUACCGGCUUUCUCAGCAUAUAAUAAUAUUAUUUUUCAGAACAACAACUACUUCACUGUUUGUGAAUGUUUCAAUUAAAAACGCUCACGCUGUCGUUGACAAUACUUGGAAUUAUAAGUGUCAUUUUACUGAAACAUUUUGCUGAGGCGCAGAAUAUUCGACUAGUAAAUGGAUCAAGAUCUAACCAGGGUCGUCUCGAGGUCUUCUACAACAACACUUGGGGUACAGUCUGUGAUGACAACUUCGACAGUUUGGAAGCAAUAGUUGCGUGUCGCAUGCUGGGAUUUUCUGGGUACCCGUUAAAGUAUGCAGUACAAGAUAAGGCCGCUUUUGGACAGGGUAACGGUCCAAUAUGGCUGGAUGAAUUGAUGUGCACUGGUAAUGAGUCGAGUUUGUUCAACUGCCGGGCAAAUGCAUGGGGCGUUCACGACUGUGGUCAUACCAAAGAUGUCGGAGUGGAUUGUGACUUUAGUAUGAAUGUUCGAUUAGUAAAUGGAUCCAGGCCUAGUCAGGGGCGUCUCGAGGUUUUCUACAACAACUUAUGGGGUACAGUCUGUGAUGACUCGUUUAACAGUUUUGCAGCAAAAGUUGCGUGUCGCAUGUUAGGAUUCGACGGCAACCUGUUCGCACCCACAGCCUGGGGCUCGGCCUAUUAUGGACAGGGAACCGGCAAAAUAUGGCUAGAUGGUGUGACGUGCAACGGUUACGAGUCGAGAUUGUCCCACUGCCGGGCCAAUAACUGGGGCGUGCACGACUGUGGUCAUAGCGAAGAUGUCGGAGUGGAUUGUACCCCAUAUAUUCGACUGGUAAACGGAUCCAGACAUAGCCAGGGGCGUCUUGAGGUCUUCCACAACAACACAUGGGGCACUGUCUGUGAUGACGCCUUCGACGGAUUGGAUGCAACAGUUGUUUGUCGCAUGCUGGGAUUCUCUGGGGACCUGUUCACGUUCGCUGUCCGGGAUCAGGCCUUUUAUGGAAAAGGCACUGAUCCAAUAUGGCUGGACAACGUGGAGUGUAAUGGUACGGAGUCGAGUUUGUUCAACUGUCGGGCUAAUAACUGGGGUUUGCAUAACUGUGGCCAUGGUGAAGAUGUCGGAGUAGAUUGUGAAUUUAGUCAAUCUGUUUCGAUAAUUGGCAAUCAGAGAGUGAAUGAAAACAACAGCAUAACUCUUGGUUGCCAACUGUCAACAUGCUCCACAUCCUCGUGUUCCUACAGAUGGUCUUCAUCGAAAGCGUUGCCCGUAAACACAGCUCAACAAAACAUAACGUUGACAAAUAUAACACGGGAUUGGAAUACAGCAACAGUCUUUUGCCAAGUCACAUUCAAUAGUACAUUCUUCAUUAGAUCAACCACAAUGAACGUUCAAUAUGGUCCAUCGUCAGCCAGUAUAUCAGUCGGUAGCCCAUUAACAAUGACUGAGAAUACAACGUCUCCUACAGCAAUCACUUGUUCAAGCCCCGUCUGCAAUCCCAGCUGCAGUGCUAAGUGGAUCAACGGGUCAACCCAAAUACAUAGCACAACGCUUUUUAGCACACAUGUCAGUCGAUACUUUGCAGGAUGGUACACUUGUAAUGUAUCAAAUUCGGUUGGAUUUUGGACUAUAAAUCUGAAUCUCAUCGUUAACUACGGACCGUCCGAUAUAUUGAUUACCCCUUCCCAAGAAAAUCACACCUUGGUGGAAGGCGCCAGUGGCCAGAACAUAAAUUGCAGCAUAUGGGACUACUUUCCGUCUUGCCUCGUGCAGUGGAAGCGGAAUAAUAUCAUCAGUCAAGAAAAGAGCGUCAAUGGCGGAAGAAUUGAUCUGUUUCUGUUCAAUAGAACUGUUUCUAGAGACGACACAAGCAUGUACACGUGUACAGCAAAGAACUUGGCAAGUUCCAUUGAGAUCAAGAGGGAGAAAACCGUGGGCUUGACAGUGCUUUAUGGUCCAGAUGCCGUUGAUAUAACGCCAACAGAUGCCACCAUUCGUGUCGUUGAAGGCCAAAGUAUAAGUGUAACUUGCAUAAUGAGGAACUGUUUUAAAGAUUGCAUUCUGCAAUGGAUGCGUUCAUCAAGCAUCUUCGUACAACCUCAAAGCGUAACGUCGCUUCCUCUUUUUAGCUCUACGUACAAAGUCGAUCGCCAAAUGUCUGGUACAUACGUUUGUAUUGGCACAAACAAAGACAGUUUAAAGAUUGCAAACCACAGCAUGGCUCUUGAUGUGCGGUAUGGUCCAACGUCAGCCGCCAUAUCAGUCAGCAGCCCAUUAACAUUGACUGAGAACAUAUUGCCCCCUACCACCAUCACGUGUUCAAGCCCCGUCUGCAACCCCAGCUGCAAUGUCAAAUGGUUCAACGGUUCGACUGAAAUACAUAACGCAACGCUUUUUAGUUCACCGGUCAGUAGAUAUUUUGCAGGAUCGUACACGUGUAAUGUUUCCAAUUCCAUUGGAUUUUUGACUAAACAGCUGGAUCUCAUCGUUAAUUAUGGUCCAGAUGCUGUAGAAAUUACGCCUACACAAUCAAAGAUUCAAGUUUUAGAAGGACAGAGUAUAAAUGUAGUUUGCACAAUACGAAGCUGUUUUAAGGACUGCAAUCUGCAAUGGACACGUUCAUCCGACUUGGCUUCACCAUCUCAAAAUGUAACGUCACUUCCGCUUUUCGAAUCCAAUCAUACAGUCAAUCGUCAAGACGCUGGUAUUUUCUUCUGCACGGGAACAAAUAGAAACAGUUUAAAAACUGCAAACGACACUGUCAAUCUUGACGUGUUAUACGCGCCUGAUGUGAAGUUAUAUUGGGACGAAAGCGAAAAGAAGUUCACAUGCAAAGCCGCGGGAAAUCCCACCAAUUAUACUUUCCAAGCGCUCGAGCAUCGCAUAUUAGGAUUUCCGAUCAGAAAUAUCAGUUUUCAGCCAAAUAUAGGCGGGUUGCGUUACGCAGUGCUAAAGGAACGUAGUUACCAAGACAAAGGAACUUACACAUGUACAGUAGAAAAUGGCAUUCUCAAAAAUGGCGCAAUUAAACAUAGUCACACGUUGGAAGUGGUAAUCAAAGACGUCCCUAUUCUUCUCGAACACACCAACAUGUAUAACGUGUCAAAAGGAAAACCAUUGACCGUCACUAUUCCGGUUUACGCCUUCCCAGCCGUCCCGAGGACAGGAAUUGUGAUCAAGAUAGGAGAUCGCAUUAUUAGUGCCUCAGACAAUAUCACUGUUAACUUAGAGAACGGUACCGGCUUCGUGUUUUUCCACAACCUGCAUAUUGCAAGCGACAUCCAAGCGCUUUCCGUGGUGUUCAACGUAAUGCGAGAAGAUUUCUUCCGAAAUUGUAUUGUGAAUUUCACAAACGCCGUUGGUAUAACAACAGCACAUAUUGCUAUUUUCCCACAAGGCCCGCCCGACAUACCGGUACGUUUCGAGCAACACUCGACCACUUAUGAUAGCGCUACGUUUACCGUCUUACCCGGCUUCUUCAACGGCGGGGAUCAAACGCUCGUCUUGCAGUACCGGCGAGUCAACAGCGACUCUUUAUGGGCGAACGGCUCGGUAGUUGACGCUGGCAAGGAGAACAAAACUGUAGUGUCGAUGACGGUGGGCGAUCUUUCGCAAGUGACCGGCUAUGAGUUUAGAGUAUAUGCGUUCAACGUGUAUGGCCAGAGCGGGUACUCGGCUGUGGUUCAAAUCGCUACUGCUCUACAUCUUGAAAUGGUCAUUGGGAGUGUAACUGGCGGCACUGCAGGCAUCGUUCUGAUCGCGGUGAUUGUUUGCUUGAUUGUGUACUUGAAAAAGAUGCGCGAUAAGACGCCUCCACCAACUGCUCCGUUUACGAACAUUCUAGAAAAGCAGAAAUGGCAGGUUCAUGCAGAGAACAAUUUGUAUGCAAAGUCUUUACCAGCAUCCGAAAAUAUCUACAUGAAUACUAACACCACUAAAAAAGUACCUUCAAAAGUCGAUGAUGACGAACUAUAUGUGAAUCAAGUUGGAUAUUCUCCCUACAGACAAACGUCUGUCGACAGUAACAGGCAUAUCAAAGACCAUUCCUACCACGAUGAGGACUACAUGAAUGUUGCAAAGCAGUUCGGGAAACCACAGAGCAUAGAUGAGGAUAGGAGUGCGGAUAAUCCCGUGUAUGAGAACACACAGUUAGCAGAUAACUCUACCAAUAAGAAUUUGGAACUAGGGAGUAUCAACAUAAGGCCGGGUAAAACACAAUCAAAGAAGAAGGAAGACGACGAAUCUGAACAUGAGUACAUGGCCUUGCAAUGGAUAAAGAAGUAAACGGUAGUAAGCAUAUACUGGAUAUGCAAAUUCAGUUUGGUAUUUUACCGUAUAUCUACCGUAAAACGUGACUGUCUAGAAACCGAGCAUUUGUACCGGUUCAGUCGGUGAACGGUUUAGAGGGAUUUCACUGUAGUAUGUUCGAAAGGAUUUGACCAACAUAUCUUUGUAUUUGUUAUAGGUUUUCAUCAUAAUUUAUGUUUUAAAUAAAUGUAUUGUUUCUGCUGUUACACAUUUAAAUUAAAUAUGUGUAGGAGACUCUUGGGGUGUGUUACAUUCAGACGUUCAUUUUUAUAUUCUUCUCGAUGCAUGCUGAUGUACAAUUUGUUGAUGAGUACCACGAUUGUGACAUUAUUUUCAUCAACAAAAAUAUCUUACAAAUCUCUAACUCAGACAUGAAAAUAAAUUAUGAAAUUUGAUUGCGAUCUUAAAAAUAAAUCAUAUACAGUUACUGGAAUUCUUUACAUAAUUCUUUAGCUCUCAAUGUCGAGAGUUAGAUUUUCAAACAUGUAAUUUAUUUUUCCAGAUACUACAUGUACUAUGACACAUUAUGUUUAUAGCCGGAGUUUAUAGUUUGACUUCGAUACCAUGAUAUAUAUGUUUGAACGUCGGUUUGAAAAAAGGCUUUAGUAAGGACCAUAUUUCAGUCUGAUCUCGGGUUUACUUUGCAAUAUAAGUGGUUUUGAUCACCCACACAUGGUAGUUUAAUAUCACAUUUUCUUGAAUUACUUUGAACGAACUUCCAAACCACGUUGUCGAUUGAAAUACGUAUAAGUAGGUUAACAAAAGCAAACAUUAAAACACAUACCGUAACCUUCGACGGUUUAAAAAAAUAUGUAAUAUAAUAUAAUAAAAUAAACUCAAGCUUAAAUUUUGUUUUUGUUAGAACAAAUAUUCAGGUUUUCAGUAAACUGACCUGUGAAAAGCUGCUGUCCUUGACAGCAAGCGCCUAUAAACCGAACGACAAAGAAAAUGUUAACAUGAACAGGAAACAAACAAGUUUAAUUAAAGUUCGAACUUUGGGCAACAUAGAAAACAUGAAAACGGAUUAUGUUUAUUUGAAAUUAAACGAUUUCAGUUUUUGAACUGGUCAAGUGAUUUAUUUGUACAUUGUACCAUUUGUAUAUUAUAUACUACGGAACACAAUUAAUAACAUAUUUCGGUUGAAAUAUGAUACAUGAUAAUGGCAGCACCAAAUGACAAAGCCCUUGCUUCCAAACGGUUCUAAUGAAGAGGACUCUGAGAAUACUUCUACAAAAAGGAAGAAAACGAAUGACUUAAAAAACGCUUCAUACUAACUUUAAUAGGUGUAGGUGUUUAGUGUUAUCAUGUGUUCAGUGACCUGCAUCAUUCUUAGACAAAUCACGCCCUUGUUAAAUGUGUACAUCGUUCAGCAAUCUGACUUUCUUCCAUUACCAUCUUCAUGUACAUAAUUCAAUGAAGUAACGAACACGUAACACGAUCCAAGAUGGUCAUGAUGAUUUACGUGUGUUUGUGCUGUGAAAUAUAAGCUAAUUAAUGACGUUAUUUGUUAUUUAUACAUUGAUUUUGCUUUGUUUUUAGCGUUGUUCUAUCGAGUGUAAUAAAAAUACGUUUACUUUUGUAAACAUAUGCAACUCCACCCACUUAUGUAAAACAUGUAUUAGAUCUAGUUACUGUAGUUAAAGUCAGUAUUUUCAUUCGAAACAGUUUUGUUGUAUUACAUAUUCAAUAUGUGUUAUAAAAUGUUAAUGCAAUAUUAAAUUUCUUGGACAUUCAAAUAGUUAUUAAUUAUUUGUGUACUUAUUUACCUAAUUUAUCUGGGCGUAUUUAAUUCACGUCUACAUGAACUAUUUUGCAUCAUUUAAUACAAAAUACAUCAUACUUAUGUUCGUAUACCAGUUCAAUUAAGUGUUUUUCUAAAGUUUAAUACACCUAUUACCAUAUCUGUUUUAUUAUGACAUAUUUAAUAAAACAAUAUAUUAUUUGUAUUUGGCCGUUUACACGCGAUUGUUUAUCCCGUGCUUACGUUCCGCAUACCGAACGUGUUAAGUUGGGUAUAUGCUUCAUUUUGUACGCUGUUUAAAAAUAAUACUAGGUAAACUUCACUUUAAAUUCUUCAUUUAUACCAGAUAUAUCUAUUUUACAUUCGUUAAAAUUGAUGCUUUAUGUAUAUAUCAGGCCGAACCCGUAGGGACAUAAACGCGUUCCAUUCAAUUAAAAAACUCAAUACUGUUUAUUGAAUAAGAACACUAAAACACUUUUGAAACUGGGCACUUGUUUCUCAAAUUUACUAGAUGAAUUAACGUUAUAGUUUUACCAUAUUAAUGCUUUGAAACUAACUGUUCAUUUUUCAAAAUAUUUCUUAAUAUGAUUUGACAGAAUAACUGUUUUGUUACGUGUAAAUCCCUUUUUUUGGAUUUGACCUUUUGAUGCAUUUGAUUACCCCAUAGACUCAAAGGCGAACUCAGCCUCGAUACUCGUAUUGUCAAGAUAUUUUAAGAUUUUGUUUGUAACAAAGUUUCAGCAAGAUUGAAUCAUACAUUUUGUUUUAAAGGGGUCACGAUUAUUUUCUAAGAUUCGGAAGCCGAGUCGCCUGGUUCGCCCCAUGGACUUAGAGUCGAACUUAGAUUGAGUUGUUUUAUGAUUUUUAGUCUUUUAGUGAUUACGUAGUAAAAUGACGAUAGCACUUAGUGUUUUAAGAUUUGACCUUGUGACUUAGUUUAUGAAUCCACAUGAACACGAUUACUAGGAUAUAAUCUAUACAUCUAACAAAUAGUUAGAUUGUGGAAGACUAGAAUUGACAAGUCAAUUUGUUUAGAAGAUCGAUGCCAGACUGCUUCUUUUAGCUCAUUUAUUAAUGAAUCAGAUAUCUGAGUAUUUUAUGUUUUGAAAUCAAGUGGAUGUCUAAAUACAACAAUAUAACUCGCGUGUAGUUUGGUAUUUUUUAAAGGGUAUUUUUUUACUUAAAUUAAUUAAAUAAAUUUCAAACAGUUGGUUGCUUGAGUUGAAAAACAUGUAUUGUUUUUUUGCUUUGGCUUUGCUUUUUGUAAAGUUUGUGUUACAGCUUAGGUAUUAACCAAUCAAUUCAGUUAUUCUGUGUGUAACAUUGUAUUAUUGUUGUUUAUAUGGAAUAAUAUAGUUUUUUCUUGUAAUAAUCACGGGUAUGUAAGUGGUAAAUUGUUCGAUAAUAUGAUGUAUAUAUACCUACAACGAGCAUGUAUCGAGUGUUACUGUACAAUUGCAGAGCAUUUUAUGGAUUUAUGCGUAUAACCAAUACGUAAUUUCUUUAAGUAUUUAAUAUACAUGUGUAUCAUUAUGUGACUUCUUUACUGAUUUUGUUCAAUUUCAAUAUUAUAUAAGUUUGUGUGUGUGUUUUUUUUCAUACACAUUUUCUCUUCUGUAAUAAACCUUAUUUCAGUAUAUCCCGUUUUCUGUAUACAGUAUUUAUAAUUGAUUUGUUGAUAAGUGUAAUCCAUUUACGCUUUAUAUUAUGUUGACGUAUGUAAUAAAUGCUAUAGAUACAUUAAUAUCAAGUGCGAUGGACGCUCUGUAUGAAAGUAAAUACAUGUCAAAAUCAAAUAAUAAAUGAAACGCAUACAUUUAACACAUUAUGUUUAUGAAUUUUAAACGUUUAUGCUACACAAUUUGAUUAUAUAUCUUAAACAAUUUUACAAAAUGCUUUGACUUUAAAUCGUCAGCUAGUGUUCUAUCUGAAGGUUAACUGCGUUAUGUUUGUAUCGUUGUGUCUCAUAAUGUUUGUUCAAAUCCAUGUUACUGAUAUUCUUAAAUGUAUUUGUAUAAUAAAUACGAUAUAAGCCUUG